UCCAAAACAAGUAACGUUAGCAGGACAGGAGAAGCUUUAAAGCUGGAUAUUUGAAGAAGCCCGCUUACUUCAGAAAUGAAAAUUAUGUUGAUUUGAAUAAACAACGUACCAACAAUAAGUCUGUGCAAUUGGAGAUACUGUACAUUGGUAUUGAUAUCUUUAUCUUCGUACGUUACGUAGGAAACGCUGAAGAAGAUGGAAGUUGAAUGUCUAGCUUUGAGAGAUCUCAUAAGUCCAAAGAAGAGCAAAGCAGACAUAGAGGAUGUCAGAGGCAGAAAUGAUCAGAAGGAGAACAGAUGUGUGGAUCGAAGAAGAACCACCCCUCACAAGAUGGACACCACGGCCACCAUGCUGCUGUAUGGCAGCAAGGCUCCCACCCCGGAACACCUCCACGGCACCCCUGUUAAGCCUUCUGAGCGGGGGGCGGACCCCUGGACCCCCACGGCCAACCUCAGGAUGCUCAUCAGUGCUGCCAGCCCUGACAUCCGCGACAGAGAGAUGAAGAAGGUGCUGUUUAGGCCCAUUGAGAAUGAGAGAGCAGUGGAGGAUGUCGAGGUGGAUGGCACGUGCCAGUUUGAUGUGGUGGACGAGGAGGAGGAAGAGGGGGGGGGGACAAAGCCCAGCAGGAAGCAGAAGAGCCUGGGUCUGCUGUGCCAGAAGUUCCUGGCCCUGUAUCCGGACUAUCCAACCUCUGACACCAUCAGCAUCUCAUUGGACGAGGUGUCUACCAGCUUGGGAGUGGAGCGGCGGCGGAUCUACGACGUCGUAAACGUCCUGGAGUCUCUGAUGAUCCUGGGGCGCGUGGCUAAGAACCAAUACGUGUGGUACGGGCGCCGGCAUCUGGGGUCCACCCUGGCCGAGCUGCAGGGGAUGGGCAGGCAGCAGCGCUACCACCUGCACAUGGAGCAGGCCAUGGAGGGCGGUCACAGAGAGGGAGCCACCACACACCCCCCAGAGGAGGGAGGUGAAGCAGACUCCAGCUGUGCGGCCGCCAGCACGAGGAAAGACAAGUCCCUACGCAUCAUGAGUCAGAAGUUUGUCAUGCUCUUCCUGGUGUCCAGGACCCAGACAGUCACUCUGGACGUGGCUGCCAAGAUCCUCAUCGAGGAAAGCCAGGACCCCGCCAGCCACAGCAAGUACAAAACUAAGGUGCGGCGGCUUUAUGACAUCGCCAACGUCCUGACGAGUCUGGGAUUGAUCAAGAAGGUCCACGUCCGGGAGGAGAGGGGGAGGAAGCCUGCCUUCAAAUGGAUCGGCCCGGCAGACUUCCACACCAGCCAUGAGGACUCGGAGGCUGUGGCUGCCAUCGCUCUUCCGGAGGCCAUUGCUCUUCCAGGCGGCAGGAAACAGAAGCUGGCACGCCACGCCUCCUUCAGCGUGGUGCCCACCUCCGUGGCCAGCCAACGCCGCGUCAACUCGGCCCCCAGCAGCCCACGCAGAGAGGUCACAGGUCUGCUUCCCCAGCCAGUGGACUAUUCCAGAAAGUGUGUGAGCAGCAGCGCCGUGUGCCGGCUGAGGUUUGGAACCACUGUUACAGGUGCCUCCCGCCCCAGCGGCGGACUUCGGAGCCCCACCCACAGUGACGGCAGCUCCCUGCUCUGCUCCCCGGGCCUAUCCCCCCUGGCCGUGCCCAUCCACCCAGAGGGUCCAUACGUGGGACCCCUGUCCCCACACCCCCCAGAAUUCACCCCCCAUCCCCACCACAUGGCCUAUCUACCCAGCCUGUCCCAGGCCUCAGUGGUCAUGCUGUACGGAGGUCCAGCGGCGCAGGAGGGGCUUGACCGCUUGACCACGGAAGUUCAAAGGUCGUCAGGGUCCGGAGAGAGCAUCCUGGGGAAGAGGAAGAGGGAUGAAGGAGCGGAGGAGGAGAAGAGGGCGAAAAAAGACACGAGGGUGUCGCCUGAGCUGUCUGAAGAGAGGAAGGUUGUGGAUGGAAGGAGUGUGGAGGGGAACAGCUUGCAGAUGACCACCAGCCCAAGGACCAGCUCCCCAGGCCACCCAGGGGGGCUAGCCAGGGAAGAGGCCCCAUUGAGGGACAUCAGAGACUGGGAGGUGGGCAGACACAGCCCCCCCAACAACCAGGUCCAGCCGUCACACUACCUCUAUGUGCCUAACUCUGCAGGUCUCAACAGUCUCAACUUCCUCCUCUCUGCUGGUCAGAUGCCAGACGGCCUGACUCUACCUGCUGGCACCCUGCCCUGCGUCCUCGUGUCCUCCUCCACCCUCUCCCCCUACCCGCUCAUGGCCAACGGGGGCGAUGCCCAUGCCAACCUCAAUUUCAACAUGUCCGCCAUGAUGUCCCCCGCCUGCUUCGUGAUGGGAGCCGCCGUACCCUAUGUCGUGGCCGGAGCCCCAGAGUUCAGUGGAUUGGCAGUGGCGCCGGCCCUCUCCAGUCCAGAGCAGCACCGGCUGUUCGGGUCGGGACCCAUACCUCCACAUUCUCCCUUGGAGCCCAGGCCGCCUCUGACCUUCAUCCAGGCAGAGACACAGACACCACAGACUCCCAAGGAGGCGGCAGCUGACGGAGGCUCCAAGGCCUUCUUCCAGACACCGGGGACCCUGGGAACGGCCACCACAACCCCCGUGGCCCGCCGACGAGGCUCCGCCCAAAGGAGGCUGGACAUCGGCCACCUACCAACCAAUUAGAAGUCUGGGGACCUUUAAAGUGGGUGUGGCUGUUAGUUAUAACCUCAAGGGCUGCCUAGUGGCCCGAGUGGAAUGAAUAAAUGUUGCUCUCUCCGGCUAAACGUGCUGCUGACCGCGCUAGCUUGGGCUUUACUCCCGACACACUGACUCUCAGGUGGUCGCUUUUCUGUAUGACCUAACUGUGUUGGUUUCAUACCACUGGUGCUUCGCCUUAUUACUAGUGAAUGAAUGCUAGUCUAUACGAUACCUCCUUUAAGUGCCUCAUCAUCAUGUAGGGCGAAGUUGCCCCUAGACUCUGAUCUUGGGUCAGUUUGCAUUUUCUCCUCUAAUGGUUAAGGUUAGGAUUGGGGGAGGGGGAGCUUAUCCUAGAUCUGUGCCUAGAGGAAACUUCACCCUGGAGCGCCUCGUGAUUGGACUGUGGGACACAGAUAACUAUCAGAGGACUCAGUGAAGCAGUGUUGUUGUCUUCUUUUGUUUUAGUGCCCUCCUGUGGUGGGAGUUAGGUACCACUCAUAUGUUAGAACGAUUGAGCUACCUUGGUAAUCCCUCCACACCUCACUUUAUUGUAUCCCAACGUUAUUUAUAUAUUAGCUAAUAUAUAUGUUGAGUAUUGGGACUAUUGAGUAACAAUUCUGAUGAUGUUACUCUACUUUUAGCACUAAGUAUUUAAGAAUGUACGUCUGAUUUUUUAGACUUUCUCUUUAGCUGGCCCCAUAGGGAUUCAGUAAAAACGGUAUCCGUAGGAAAAGAGAAAACAGUUGAUCAUAGGUGAAUGUUAUCUGUGGGAGCUGAAAGGUUUCCCAUGAUGACACAUUUCAGAAACUGGUGUUGAUAAUAAGUCAUGAUGUCGAAGAGAUAUCGAUAUGUUUACGGCCUCUCAGUUGCACUCCUAGCGGGGAACUGACCUGGCUCUAAGAGAGGUUUAAAAACCACUGGUUUUCACUGAGCAAAUUAUUUCUUAAUUUAAAGGACAACUCCGCACCAAAAACUAAGCAGUCACAGCAACACAUUGGUGAGAUUAAGACCUACUUCUGAGACCAGAAUAACAAAAGGAGUGACUGUAUUUCAGCUGUUUACUGACCAGACAGAGGGUUGAAGAAGUCAACUUUACAAAAUGGCUGCCAGGGUUUUUGGUACAAAGACUGGCACUCCAAAGGGUUAUGUAUUUUUACAACACUAAUGUGGUUUACAGGUUUCCAAUAGUUGUGCUUUAAGGAUGACACCAAAUACCAGCAUAGCUCUCUCAGUCAAUGUGUAUGUGCGUACGCCACCGCAUGCAAGGAGAAAACUAAAUGUGAAAUGAUUUGAUGAUGUUACAAGAUACUUGAAUUACUUAGUUAUCCAGCGGUAUAUACUGGAGACUAGAGUGAAAUAUCGAAGUACUGUAUUUAAUGCAUUAAACUAUAUGUGCAUUAUAGUUUGGCGUCUGGAAUUAUUUUGGGGUGGAGUAAUUGAGGAAAAGUUACAUCACACCAAAGAGUGCUGAUAAUCUACUUGAACUGUCGAUCACAGGAGGUUGGUGGCACCUUAAUUGGGGAGGACGGGCUCGUGGUAAUGGCUGGAGCAGAAUCA